GUUCUAACCUUUUCCACUUAGAAUUGAGAUCGAAUCUUUCUUACUAUAGAAGAGAGAUUCUUGGUCAAGUCCAGAUUAUACAACAUUUUUGCUUUCUACAGUUUUCUUCUGUUUCCUCAUGUACAGGCUGAACUUUGGCCUUUUUGUUGUUGUGAAAUUCUGUGUCGGUGUGAAUUCUGCAUUUUCAUUUUUAUUUGAAAGACCUACAUGUUCCCACCCAAACUGGAGUUACUGAGGUUUUUGCAGGUGCGAGUUUUCUAAAUAUUUCGAGUUGUUAAUCUCUUACAGCUGAAACUGGACUACGCCGUGUACUUUCAGAAUCAAAAUGCUGAAUUUAGGCAGAGCUAGAACCGGGAGGCAAAACAGAUCUAUGUCUUUUGAAGGAUUGGAUUUUGCAGACCCAAAGAAGAACAACAAUUACAUGGGGAAGAUUGUUUUGGUCAUGACACUUACAGCAAUGUGCAUUCUCUUGCUCAACCAAUCCCCAACCUUCAAUACCCCAAGCGUGUUUUCUCGAAGUGAACCAGGAGUUACACAUGUUCUAGUCACUGGUGGUGCAGGGUAUAUCGGGUCACAUGCAGCUUUACGCCUUCUAAAAGAUUCAUACCGUGUCACCAUUGUGGACAAUCUAUCUCGAGGGAACCUCGGUGCAGUCAAGAUCUUGCAACAACUGUUUCCGGAACCUGGAAAGCUUCAAUUCAUUUAUGCUGAUCUUGGAGAUGCAAAUGCUGUUAACAAAAUAUUUUCUGAAAACGCAUUUGACGCUGUGAUGCAUUUUGCUGCUGUUGCUUAUGUUGGAGAAAGCACACAGUUUCCUCUCAAUAUUAUCACAAUAUCACAUCGAACACAUUGGUAGUUUUAGAGACAAUGGCUGCUCAUGGUGUGAAGACUUUGAUAUAUUCAAGCACAUGUGCUACUUAUGGAGAGCCUGAGAAAAUGCCAAUAACAGAGGAAACUCCACAGGUUCCAAUCAAUCCAUAUGGAAAGGCUAAAAAGAUGGCAGAAGAUAUCAUCUUGGAUUUCUCCAAGAAUUCUAUUAUGGCAGUUAUGAUCCUAAGAUAUUUCAAUGUGAUUGGGUCUGAUCCUGAGGGUAGACUAGGUGAAGCUCCAAGACCUGAACUCAGUGAGCAUGGACGGAUCUCUGGUGCUUGCUUUGAUGCUGCACGAGGCAUCAUUCCCGGGCUGCAGAUUAAAGGAACAGACUACAAGACUGUUGAUGGGACUUGUGUACGUGAUUACAUUGAUGUCACCGACUUGGUUGAUGCUCAUGUUAAAGCUCUUGAAAAGGCGAAACCCCGCAAAGUUGGUAUCUUCAAUGUUGGUACCGGGAAAGGUAGCUCGGUGAAGGAGUUUGUGGAAGCGUGCAAAAAGGCGACCGGCGUUGAUAUAAAAGUCGAUUACUUGGAAAGACGGGCAGGAGAUUACGCAGAGGUUUACAGCGAUCCAAGAAAAAUCAAAGAAGAGCUGAAUUGGACAGCUAAGCACACCAAUCUUCAAGAAAGUUUAAAGAUGGCAUGGAGAUGGCAAAAGCUUCAUCGCAGUGGCUAUGGAUCUUCUUCCUUGGUUUCUGCAUACUGACCAUUAUGCAUUAGGUAUGUGAGCAUUGCCCUUCAAGGACUCCUUCAUUAGAGUCUUGAUUCUAGAUGGUAGUGAAGGUAGUAGAAGAAGAUGGAUUUAUUCUUAGUAGAAUAGUAUUCAUCUUAUCCAUAUAUAGAGAUUAUAUAUGAGAUUAUUGAUUAAUAAAAUAUCAUCCAUGUCAAUCACCUAUUUUAUUGUGAUUGAGGUUUAUCAAAAUCCUAACGGAAGACAUAUGUCGCUUCUUUGUGUAAAAAGUGAAAAUCAUUGGUUGGAAAAAAA